AUGGACACGUCCGACCGUAAGGUGCAGAUUCACGGGUUUGCUGAUGCAAGUCGUAAGGCGUACUGUGCCGUCGUAUACCUCGUAUACGACGUUAGGGGAGAGAGGCAAGUAAGGUUACUUUGCAGCAAGACUAGAGUGGCCCCCCUUAAGGAGAUGACAAUCCCCAGGUUAGAGCUAAUGGCCGCGUUAAUCCUUGCCCGUCUAGUCAGCCAUGUUAAAGAAGCACUAGGCACACUCAUUGAAGUAGAAAGGGAGGUGUACUGGUCAGAUAGAAAAACAGUGUUAUACUGGUUGGCGAACAAAGGUGAGUGGAAACAGUUCGUUAAACACAGAGUAGAUGAAAUUUUGCAGCUGACUAGGAACGGUGAGUGGAGGCAUUGCCCGGGAGAACAGAACCCGGUCGACAUUGGGUCACGGGGUGCACUCGCCUGCAAACUCAAGAGUAGUGCACUGUUGUGGAAUGGCCCACACUGGCUGACUGGUCACGAACAGGGAUGGCCAGCAUUACAGAUCCAGAGAACGCCAGCUGGGGCGGAAGAGGAGAAGGGCACUUGGUGUAAGCGGCACCUUAGCGCAGUUGCGGACAAGGUUCUGGGUUCCGCGCAGUUGCGGACAAGGUUCUGGGUUCCGCGCAGUCGCGGACAAGGUUCUGGGUUCCGCGCAGUCGCGGACAAGGUUCUGGGUUCCGCGCAGUUGCGGACAAGGUUCUGGGUUCCGAAAGGUCGACAAGUUGUGAAGAAGAUAGUGCAUAGGUGUGUCACGUGUAAGAAGCUAGAAGGCAGGGCAUACGCGCCGCCUCCCGUGGCGGAUUUACCAGGCUUUAGAGUCACGCAGGCAGAGCCAUUCUCCAAAGUAGGAGUAGACUUUGCAGGUCCUCUCUAUUACAAGAGUAGUACAGGCAUGAUGCAGAAUGCGUAUGUGGCACUUUUCUCGUGUUGCGUGACACUAGCAUUGCAUCUCGAUUUAGUGGUAGAUUUAGAGGCUUGUACUUUCAGGAGAUCCCUUAGAAGGUUUGCAGCCAGGAAGGGAGCUCCAACGCUGAUAGUGUCAGACAAUGCGAAAACGUUCAAAGCCGCAGCAAAGGCCCUAAAGGAGCUAUAUGACCACCCGGAGAGAAGGCUCCAUGGUGGGGUUGGGUUUUACGAGAGAAUGGUAGGAAGCGUCAAGCGGUGUUUGAGGAAGACCUUGGGCGAGGCACGAUUGACCUAUGAUGAGCUAAUUACAGUUUUGGUGGAGGUCGAGAGCACACUGAACGACAGGCCGCUUACAUAUGUGUACGAUGAGGUCGGAGAGGUGGAGCUUAUACCAGCCCAUCUAAUGUAUGGCAGACGACUAAAUAGCUUUCCAGACGAGCUAGUAGAGCCAGACGAUGUAGCAAAUCCAGACCACAACAGUCGGUUUAGGUAUGUAAGUGCUAAACUCUCCCAUUUUUGGAAGAGAUGGAGUAAGGAGUAUCUAGCUAGCUUUCGAGAGUUUCAUCGUAGUAGUCCUGUCAGCUGGCAUAGGGAGACAGUUCAAGUAGGAGAUGUAGUGACAGUGCACGAGGAUGGCAGUAAAAGGAGUCAGUGGAAGAUGGCGACCAUCUCGCCUGGACAGACCAGUCCAGAGACUCUACCCCAUAGAAGUUAG